UGUCCAGCUCUGUCGUACUGGACGAGUAUCUCCCUUUAGGUAACAAAUGUCCUUUUCCGAGCAGCGAGUGGAAAUGUCUCCCCGGAGCGGUACUGAGUGCUGUUGCCUGUGAUUUGCCAGCGCGGAGCUUCCCCCCGGACUGUCCUCCAGCCGCUGCGGGACAUGGCGACCAGCGCCAGGAAGGCCAAGCAGAGGGACACGCUGCGGCGGGUCAAGGUGAAGGAGGCCCGCAGCCGGAGGGGCGACGUGCAGGGGCCCGCCACCGUCUACCUGCAGGUGGUCGGGGCGGGCAGCCGGGACAGCGCCCCCUCCGUCUACCUGUUCUCCGAGUUCAACAGGUGCCUGUUUAACUGCGGGGAGGGCACGCAGAGACUCAUGCAGGAGCACAAGCUGAAAGCUGCUCGCCUAGACAACAUCUUCCUGACCAGAGUGAGCUGGGAGAACGUCGGGGGUUUAUCAGGCAUGAUAUUAACCCUGAAGGACAUCGGCGUCCCUGAGUGUGUUCUCUCUGGUCCUCCACAGCUGGAGAGCUACUUAAAUGCCAUCAAGGUGUUUUCUGGACCGCUGGAGGACAUCAAACUGUCGGUUCGACCGUACACCGAGACAUACACGGACGACACAAUGACAGUUUACCAAGUGCCAAUAUUUGCCCAGCUGAGAGGCGAUGGCAGGAGGCCGUCCCCCGGCUCGGGGAGGAGCAGCCCCACCUCCCACAGGAACGAGCUGUGGAGUCCAGAGGACAAGGAGGACGCCCAUACAAACAACAGCAACGAGCGGGCAGCCAGUCCAGGCGGAAAAACAAAAUCCACAAGAGACCCGUCGCUGGUGGUUGCCUUCGUAUGCAAGCUCCACCCUAAAAAAGGAAAUUUCUUAGUUGUCCAAGCCAAGGAGCUCGGAUUGCCCGUCGGCACAGCAGCGAUCGGCCCACUCAUUGCGGCUCUCAAGGAUGGGAAAACCAUCACGUACGAAGGGAAAGAGAUUCGCCCCGAGGACGUGUGCACCCCGACCUACCCGGGCCCAGUCUUCAUCGUCAUCGAAUGUCCCUCUGAGGAGUUCGCCGAAGCCGUAUGCACCAAUCAGGAGUUAAGCAGGUACCAAAGAGGAGGGACGGAGGACCCCGCUGCGCUGGUGGUGCACAUGACCCCCGAGUCCGUUUUGAAAACGGAUCAGUACAAGCAGUGGAUGGAGAGGUUUCCGUCGACAACGGAGCAUCUGAUCCUCAAUGAGCAGGCGUCUACGGUCCACAACAUCAGAAGCCACAAGAUUCAAGCUCAGCUGAAUAUGAUCCACCCAGAGAUCUUCCCAGAACUCAAGGCAUAUAAAUCAAAGGAGGCUCAGGCUGCCCUGCAUGUCCCUAACAUCAGAGCGGAGUGUCUGCUGAAGUUUCAGCUCAGACCUGUAAUGGAGUGGCAAAGAGAUGCCAUCCCUGCUUGUGAUACUGAGGAGUUUGUGAAAGAAGCUUCAGAGGUCCCGAACUUUCUGCGAGAAGUGGACGAGUGUAAGCGGUUUCGCUCCACUGAUGCUGCCGUGCUGUCUGGGCGAGCAGAAAAACACCCGGAGGUGGUUUUCUUGGGAACGGGAUCAGCUCUUCCUAUGAAGAUCAGGAACGUCAGCGGCACUUUAGUCAACAUCAGUGCCAGCCAGUCGGUGCUGCUGGACUGCGGCGAGGGAACCUUCGGUCAGCUGUGCAGACACUACGGAGACGACGUGGACGAGGCUCUGGCCAAGAUCUCCACGGUCUUCAUCUCACACCUGCACGCCGACCACCACACAGGGCUGUUGAAGUUGCUGUACCAGAGGGAAAGAGCAUUGACAACACUAGGAAAGGCGUUCAGCCCUAUCUCCCUGGUCGCUCCGAUUCAGAUCAUGACCUGGCUCAAUCAGUACCACGACCACUGUGAGGAGAUCCUCAGCCAUGUCAACAUUAUACCCAACCGGUUUUUGUGUGAGGGCGCCGAGGUGCCCAAGUUCAAGACCAAGUCAUUCAUCCAGACGCUGCUGAAGAAGAACGAUCUGGAAAUGUUCCAGACGUGCCCGGUGCGACACUGCAAGAACGCCUACGCCUGCAGCAUCACCCACCAGUCCGGCUGGAAGCUGGCCUUUUCGGGCGACACCAGGCCCUGCGACGCCUUCGCACACCUGGGAAAGAAUGCGACUUUACUCAUCCACGAGGCAACUUUAGAAGACGGCAUGGAGGAGGAAGCUGCAGAGAAAAGACACAGCACGACCUCGCAGGCCAUCGGCAUCGGCAUGAAGAUGAACGCCGAGUUCAUCAUGCUCAACCACUUCAGCCAGCGCUACGCCAAGAUCCCUCUGUUCAGCGAGGACUUCAACGACCGGGUGGGGAUAUCGUUCGACCACAUGAGAAUCCGUUUUGGAGACUUCAGAGUUCUCCCCAGGCUCAUUCCAGCGCUUAAAGCUCUCUUUGCUGAGGAAAUUGGUGAGAUGGAGGAGAGGAGAGAGAGGAGGGAGCUGAAACACAGUAAAGGAAGCAGCGCAGAAGGAAACUGUGAGCAGAGGGAGGCUGAAACGGUGGAGGCGAGCCGAGGUGCCAAACGAGACCAGGAGGAGGCAGCGGCGCACAACUUAGAAACCAAGAGACUGAAAGCCAGCUGAAGUCCCAGCCAGGAGUGUGGGACUGAACUCAACCUCAGAAAAUAAGACUUGACUGAGUGCAUCAUUUAAAUUAACUACAGCAUGGACAAAAUGUUGUCCUGUAAGAGAUUUUUAUUUGUUUUGUGUGGUUUCACCACAUGAGAGGAAAAACGUCUUGCAUUGCAGUGUACAUACAGCAAAGAUAUGAAGAUAGAUUUUUUUUUUUCAGCAGAAUAAAGCAGUAUCACACUGUC